AACUCAAACAACAGCAGAGAGCUUUCUCGGAGACGGAGACUGAGCUGCCAACGUUGGAAUUGAUUUGAACUGCGAGGAACACUCAAUCACAACCAAAACCUUCUCUAAUUAACUUAAUCACUGUUGUUUUCUUUCGUUGCUUUUUGAUUGCGUUUUGCUACUUGAAGCCAAAGGGAAAACUAGCUCUCUUAAGUCGAUAGUUUUUUUUUUCCAAUAUAUUUUGCUUUUUAUAUAUAUAAUACUCUUUCACUGUUAAGCUUAUAGAUAAGAAGUGUUUCAGCUUCACAUGGCGAUUGACGGUAGUUUCAGCCUUCAUUCUUCGCUUCGGAGGUUCCUCGAUCGUUGCCCGAAGCUCCAGUGUUUUCCGCCGCUUGAGUCGCUCGAACGAAUGGGAGACUUGGUGACAGAAGAGGAAGUAGUUAAUGUGUUAGUGGGGGUGUUUCUGCACCCCAGUUAUACAAUUCCGUUGAUUGGGUGUUUCCGACCAAUUGCUCAACAUAUUGUAGAUAAAGCUGUUGCUUUGCUUCGUCUUGUGCCAAAUUUGAUGUCUAUUCCUAAGGAUACUGCUCGUGAAGAUGAUCGUGACAGAGUUUUGGAUGGAGUUGUGAAUGUCAUAGAGUUUUAUAGUCAACAGGGAAGGGGUCUGGAUCUUCAUGAGCUUGCUUGUCUAGCCUUCUGCCGUGCUCUUGACAUGGGUCCUUUUCUGCUGAGUUCUAUAUUAAGCUAUUUCAAUUUUGCUCCUGCUCCAUUUGAAAGAUUUUCAGUGAAACAAUUUACGAUUGAGACCCGUGAACUUCAUGCUGCCCAAAUAUCAUACCGCCUACUUCUAAUGGAACCUGAAAUAUUCUCUAAGCUUUGGGACUGGUCUUGUUUUCUGGACCUUGUAAAAGACACACACAAACCAGAUCUUACAUGGUGUGGGGUGCAAACAUUACGAGUUCUGCUCAAAUUAGGUUACAAAGCUACUGAAAACUUAAAUAUUGGAGACGAGGAAGCAUUUUCUUGUCUAUUGUGUUGGGAAGAGUUCUGUCAGGACACAUCACUAGAGAAAGCUGGCUGGUAUGUUAAACCAAUAGCAGACAUUAUGUCUGAUUCUCUGGAUAAAAGAAUGGAUUUCAAGAAUGGGAACUGUUUAAAAUCCUUUGGCUUGAAUAAUCAGCUGGUUAGUUCACCAAAGCUUCUUGAGUUGCAACCGCGUUUUAAGAGUCAACUGCUUACUACAAGGGAUGAUGUGUCAGUAAGUAAUACAUUCGUAUUUACCUCAGCUGUGAAAAGAAGUUAUGAUAGAGUUCUUUUGGCGGUGAGUCAGAAGUGGCCUGUUCUUUUAUAUGGUCCCUCUGGUUCUGGAAAAUCUGCUCUCAUUGCCAAGCUGGCUCAGGAUAGUGGAAACCAAGUUCUAUCUAUCCAGAUGGAUGAUCAAAUAGAUGGUAGAACAUUAGUUGGAUCUUAUGUCUGUGCAGAUAGGCCUGGGGAGUUUAGAUGGCAGGCUGGGUCACUUACCCAGGCUGUGCAGAAUGGUUUGUGGAUUGUUUUUGAGGAUAUCAACAAAGCACCAUCUGAUUUACACUCCAUAUUAAUGCCUUUAUUGGAAGGGGCUGGUUCAUUUGCAACAGGACAUGGGGAGGUAGUAAGGGUGGCUGAAUGUUUUAGAAUUUUUUCAACUAUUGCUGUUUCUAAGUUUGACACAUCUGAGAGUGCAGGUCAAAAUUCACUUAGUGUCCUUUGGAGAAGAGUGAUGAUUCCAUCACUGGAUAAUAGGGACUUGCAAGAGAUAAUCAAAGUGAGGCAUCCGAAUUUGGAGCUUCAUGUUGGCAAACUCAUAGAAACCUUUGAAAGGGUUAACUCUAUUUCCAUGGUUCAAGCGGGUUUUCACAUGGGAAGUUCUGCUUCUGUUUAUUGUCCCUGCAGGUUCUCAUUAAGGGAUCUCCUUAAAUGGUGCAAAAGGAUUGCUGGUUUAGGUUUUUGCUUUGAUGGUACCUUAUCAGAAAACCAAUGUUUUAGUGUGUAUACAGAGGCUGUUGACAUAUUUGCGUCCUUUUCAUCUUCAAUUAAAAAUCGUUUGUCAGUAAUGAAAGAGAUAGCAGGGUUGUGGAAAGUACCUGUUUCUGCAGCUGAGACCUUGUAUCCCCGUGACAAACCGAUAAUUCAGGAUUCUUUCACAGAUUUAAGAAUAGGCCGAGUUUCCCUCCAGUACACUAAACCGUCGUUGCAACAUCAUAAAAGACCUUUUGUUGAGAUACGCAGUUCUCUGCAUGUUUUGGAGCGCAUUGCUUGCUCUGUCAAGUAUAAUGAGCCUGUACUCUUGGUUGGAGAAACUGGUACUGGGAAGACUACAAUUGUUCAAAAUUUGGCUUUAAUGCUUGAUCAAAAGCUUACUGUUUUGAACCUGAGUCAGCAAAGUGAUGUUGGUGACUUACUAGGGGGUUUUAAGCCUAUGGAUGCUCAGUCUGUGUGUGUGUCCCUUUAUAACGAGUUUCUGACUCUCUUUACCAAGACAUUUUCUGUAGAGAAUAAUCAAGGCUUGAUCACUUCUAUGCAUAAAGUUUUAGAAGAUUAUCGACAAAAGUUGUUAAUUGAUAAGAAUGGGGAAGCUCUAUUGAAAAGAUUGCGAAUAGAAGUUGGAAAGUCAGUUAAGCUUAUACAACCUGGAUCUUCCAAAAAGCGUAAAAGGCCAUUAGAAGAACAAUUAAUCCAAGAGUGGGAGAGAUUUUGUAUAAAACUGCGUAGUGUCUGUCAAAGUAAUCGCUCUUCAGCGAUGAUGUUUUCUUUUGUAGAAGGAAGUUUUGUAACUGCUCUUAAAAAUGGUGAUUGGGUUUUGCUUGAUGAGGUGAAUUUGGCUCCUCCUGAAACCUUGCAAAGAAUUAUUGGUGUUCUAGAAGGGGAACAUGGUGUGCUGUGUUUAGCUGAAAGAGGUGAUAUGGAUUAUAUACAUCGCCAUCCAAAUUUCCGUAUAUUUGCUUGCAUGAAUCCAGCUACAGAUGCAGGGAAGCGGGAUUUGCCCUUUUCUUUGAGGAGUAGAUUUACUGAGUAUUUUGUUGAUGAUGUUUUGGAUGAUGAGGAUUUAAGUCUGUUUAUUAGUCAGUUCAUUAGUAGUGGCUAUAUGGAUCAACAGUUGGUGAAUAAAAUUGUGCGUUUCUAUAAAGAAGCGAAAAAGGAAUCUGAAGAGAGAUUGCAGGAUGGUGCUAACCAGAAACCUCAAUACAGUUUAAGGUCUCUUUAUCGUGCUCUAGAGUAUACACGGAAGGCAGAGAGAAAAUUUGGAUUUCAAAAGGCAUUAUAUGAUGGGUUUAAUAUGUUUUUUGUUUCGUUGUUGGAUGGACCUAGUGCUGAAAUAAUGAGGCAAAAAAUAUCAUCUCUUUUGUUAAAAGGGCCUCCAGAUGUAGAUUUUAUCCACUACUUAGAUACCUCCAAAUGUGAUGGAUAUACAGGGAAUUAUGUUCUAACUAAAUCCGUACAGGAGCAUCUUGGGAAUUUGGCACGUUCUGUUCUAAUGAGAUAUCCUGUCCUCUUACAAGGUCCCACUUCUAGUGGGAAAACUAGCCUUGUUCGAUACCUUGCUGCAAUAACUGGUCAUGAUUUUGUAAGAAUCAAUAAUCAUGAACACACUGAUUUGCAAGAGUAUCUAGGUUCUUAUAUAACUGACACCAGUGGAAAGCUUGUUUUUAAUGAAGGCGUUUUGGUUAAAGCUGUAAGAAAUGGUUACUGGAUUGUGCUGGACGAGCUUAAUUUGGCUCCAUCUGAUGUGCUGGAAGCAUUGAACCGAUUACUUGAUGACAACAGAGAGCUUUAUGUUCCUGAACUGCAAGAAAGAAUUAAAGCAGACCCAAACUUUAUGCUUUUUGCUACUCAAAAUCCACCUACACUUUAUGGUGGCCGCAAAAUGCUGUCCCGGGCAUUUCGUAAUCGUUUUGUAGAGAUUCAUGUUGGUGAAAUUCCAGAUAGUGAGCUCAGUGAAAUAUUGGCCGAGAGAUGUAAAAUCUACUUUGGUCAUGCCAAAAGAAUGGUUGAAGUCAUGAAGGAUCUUCGGUUGCACAGACAGAGUAGCAGAGUCUUUGCUGGUAAACAUGGAUUUAUGACACCUCGGGACUUGUUUCGUUGGGCUGAUCGUUUCCAGAGAUUUGGCAACUCUUAUGAAGAUUUGGCCAAAGAUGGCUAUUAUCUUUUGGCAGAAAGGCUACGGAAUGAGGAUGAAAAGUCCAUUGUUCAAAAAGUUCUGGAAAAUCAUCUUCCGGUUAAACUAAACAUAAAAAUUUUAUAUGAUCAGAUACUAUUUAGAGGUCACUCUUCUUCCAAUUUGAAUGUUGGUUUAGGAGGUGGUUCAAAGAGUCUAGAAAGUGUACUCUUGACCAAAAGUAUGCAGAGGUUAUAUUUCCUUGUUGAACGCUGCUAUAAUUUACGUGAGCCGGUACUGCUUGUGGGGGAAACAGGUGGAGGGAAGACUACUGUGUGUCAGUUAUUAAGUGCUUGUUUGCAGUUAAAAUUACAUACCUUGAAUUGCCAUCAAUAUACAGAAACAUCUGAUUUUAUUGGGGGAUUUCGUCCUAUUCGAGAGCGAUCUACACUGAUUUCUAAUUACAAAGAGAUCAUUGAAAAGUUGAAGAAAUUAAAGGCUUAUAGAUACUUUUCUGAGGACUUAUCUGUUUCUUCUGACAUAAAUCAUGCUUCUUCGACUCUUGAUCUGCUGAAUGGUAUGAUAAGGAAUUGUAAAGAAGGUCACGUAUGUAGUUUGGAUGUCAGCAGAGAAGAUAUUAAUGCUCUUGAGCAAAUAAAUUUGGACCUCAAUGGUUUGCAUCAAAAGUGGCAGAGCAUAUUUAUGUGGCAGGAUGGUCCUCUUAUAAAAGCUAUGAGAGAUGGUGACCUCUUUCUUGUGGAUGAAAUAUCUUUGGCUGAUGAUAGUGUACUUGAGAGAUUGAAUAGUGUGCUGGAGCCAGAAAGGAUGCUAUCUUUGGCUGAGAAAGGUGGGUCUGAUCUUGAGAAGGUUACUGCACAUUCAAAUUUUUUUGUUAUGGCAACAAUGAACCCUGGUGGCGAUUAUGGUAAGAAGGAGUUAUCUCCAGCACUACGCAAUCGCUUCACGGAAAUAUGGGUUCCCCCUGUUAAUGAUCAAGAUGAGCUUCAAGGCAUUGCUAUGAAAAGAAUUUCCAUGUUUAAGUUUGCUGGGAACUUAGACCCCACAUAUCAAAAAACACUUGUUAAUGCCAUGAUAAGUUUUUUUGAGUGGUACAAUAAAUUGCAUCCAGGGAGAAUGCUUACAGUGAGAGAUCUCAUUUCUUGGGUUGACUUUUUUAUUGCAAUGGAAGAAAGCUUAGGACCUAAACAUGCACUUCUUCAUGGAGUAUUUCUUAUUUUGCUUGAUGGGUUAAGUCUAGGGACAGGACUUUCAAAAAGGGAUGCUGCAGAGCUAAGGGAGCGAUGUUUCUCCUUCCUUCUACAAAAGCUAGGGGUUGAUGAAAGUAAUUCAAACCUUUCAAGAAUUGGAAACUAUGGUUGGGGUGAAUUUGGCACCACUAUGGAUGUGUCACAUAGUGAUGAUUUAUUUGGCAUUGAUGCAUUCUAUAUCAAUAAAGGUAUUGGCAUUUGUGAGGAUGGUGGGUUUGAAUUCAAGGCACCUACUACUUGCAGGAAUGCUCUGAGAGUUUUGCGGGCUAUGCAGCUUCCAAAGCCUGUUUUACUGGAAGGUAGCCCAGGUGUUGGGAAAACUAGUUUAAUCAUUGCCUUGGGAAAAUGUUCUGGGCAUAGAGUGGUACGAAUAAAUUUUUCUGAGCAGACUGAUAUGAUGGAUCUGUUAGGGUCUGAUUUACCUGUUGAAAGUGAUGAGGGAAUGAAGUUUUCUUGGUCUGAUGGGAUACUAUUGCAGGCCCUGAAGGAAGGCUGUUGGGUUUUGCUGGAUGAGAUUAAUCUUGCUCCACAAUCUGUUUUAGAAGGUUUGAAUGCUAUUCUGGACCACAGAGCUGAGGUGUUUAUACCAGAGUUGGGUAAUACUUAUAAAUGCCCACCAUCAUUUAGAGUUUUUGCUUGUCAGAAUCCAUCACAUCAAGGUGGUGGCCGAAAAGGCCUUCCAAAGUCAUUCCUUAAUCGAUUUACCAAGGUGUAUGUUGACGAGUUAGUUGAGGAAGACUACCUAUCUAUUUGUGAAUCAAAAUUUUCGACUAUACCUAGAACUUUACUCUCAAAGUUAAUCAUAUUCAAUAAAAGGAUGCAUGAAGACACCACAGUAAAUCAAAAGUUUGCCAAAGAUGGCUUCCCGUGGGAGUUCAAUCUUCGUGAUGUAUUUCGGUCUUGUGAGAUAAUUGAAGGUGCACCAAAGUACUCAGGAUUAUACUCCUUCUUUAACAUUGUUUACAUUCAGAGAAUGCGUACGGUAGAUGAUCGAAAGGAAGUUUUACGAGUUUUCAAGGAGGUAUUUGAGGUGACACCGUUUAUAAAUCCAUAUCCUCGCAUUCAACUCAAUUCACAUCAUUUAAUUGUGGGGAAUGCUACUAUUAAGAGGAAUCAUGUCCAAUUAACUAUGUCCUCAAGCAAACAGCUCCUGAUGCUGCCUGAAAUUCGUCAAAGUUUGGAAGCUGCUGCUCAAUGUGUUGAGCGUCAAUGGCUAUGCAUCUUGACUGGGCCAUCAUGCUCUGGAAAAACUUCAUUGAUAAGAUUACUUGCUAACCUAACGGGCAAUGUGCUCAAUGAAGUAAAUCUUUCAUCUGCAACUGAUAUAUCUGAAUUAUUAGGAUCUUUUGAACAGUAUGACGCCUUGCGGAAUUUUUCCAGAGUUGUUGCUCAAUUUGAGUGUUAUGUUAAUGAGUACAUCAGUUUGCAACUGGAGACUUCAAAUGUAGCAAUUUUCAGGGAAACAGAUUUUUAUAUCAGAUGGAUGGCUUUCCUUUCUGGAUUGAAAUUUGACAGCUUGUCAUCUGCUACAAAUUGUUUUGAAAACCUAUGUUCUCUCAUUGGACAACUAAAGUUGCAGAUACAAAAGAAUUCUAUUCCUGUAUCUUACUCAUUCCAUGAACUUGAUUUGGCCAUGAAGACAGUUUUGAAGAUGAAAGCAGAUGCUGUUUCAACCAAAUUUGAAUGGGUUACAGGAUUGUUGAUCAAGGCUAUUCAGCAAGGGGAAUGGAUUGUCUUGGAGAAUGCAAAUCUAUGUAACCCCACGGUUCUUGAUAGGAUUAACUCAUUGGUGGAACCUUGUGGUUCAAUCACGGUCAAUGAGCGUGGAAUUGUUGAUGGAAACCCAUUGGUUAUUCAUCCACACCCUAAUUUCCGCAUUUUCCUCACAGUUAAUCCCCACUAUGGUGAAGUUUCUCGAGCUAUGCGUAAUAGGGGAGUUGAAAUCUUUAUGCUGCAGCCAUAUUGGGCAUUAGAUGAUAAAAGUGGGUACAAUGACGAGGAUGUUGAAUUCAAAGAUGUUAGGAGGUUUCUUGUUUUAUCGGGUAUUCCGAUUGGUCAUUUGGUUGAUUCAAUGGCUAGAGCCCACACUUAUGCUAAAAAUAAAGGUUCAGAACUUAAUGAUCACAUUACAUAUCUUGAACUCUCACAUUGGGUUCACCUGUUUCUGCAGCUUCUCAAGAAUGGUUGUUGUCCUAUUUGGAGUCUAAAAAUAAGUUGGGAGCAUAUAUAUCUCUCCUCAUUGGGUGUUGAGGGAGAAAAUAUAAUCAAUUUUGCCAAAACUAAAUAUUUAUCAGUAACUAAUUUGGCUGGGUAUGAUGAUUUGACAGCGUGUCCUUUGGGUUUGCCUGGAGGAUGGCCAUUGCCACUCACUGUAAGGGAUUAUGUAUAUUACUCAAAAGAAGCUUCUAUCAAACAGAACUGCAUGUAUCUGGAAUUCUUGGGAACUCAGAUUGCAUCUCAUCAAUAUCAAGUUGCUCGUAAGAGGCACUCAACAACUUGUUUGCAGACUCCUAAUGAUCAUGUGAGGGUAUAUUUGAUGGAUUUGAUGACUUUACAUGAACUUAUGUUUCCUAAGGCUUCAAAUGUGAUGAUUUCAGAUGAAAGGGAGUGCAAAUUUGACUCAGAAUUGACCAAUAAGAUGCUAUACUUUGCAGCCAAUUGGACAAUUGAACAAGCUACUGAAAGUGAUUUUAAGUUCUAUCUUCUCAGGUUUAAGUGGUUUAGUUCUCAAAUGCAGCCCUUCUGCCAGUUCUUUAGUAACUUUCUCAUAGUGAUAGAACAGAUGAUCAAGCAUCCUAUUUGGGAGUAUAUUUCAUGCCGUGACAAACUAGAUGUUGAUUUGAAGUUAAUGCCAUUGUUGUCACUUGAUUUAGUCAAUUUGGCCCCAUCAAAUAAAAAAAUUAAAUAUCUUUGUAAUGCUGUUAGUUUCUUUGAUCCACUAAGGUUAACUUACCAGCAACGGAAUAUUGAGAGCCAGCAUAGUUUUGAUGACGAAGCCAAUAUUGAGAGCCAGAAUAGUUUUGAUGAAAAAGCCAGUUGCUUCAUUCAACUUUUGAAGUCUCUUCACUUUUUGCAAGAUGAAAUACUUCACAAAUUUGUCGCUUCAACUCCUAAGCUAAUUGAGGACCAAUCAUUUGAUUAUAAACUACAGUUAUACUCUAACCUUAUUGAGGACCAUGUUUUUUUUUGGCGUUACUUCAUAUCUUCGAAGUUUAUAGAUAUCUGUCCAGAAGCAGUAGAUCAGAUGAUAAUUUCUUGGCAUUCUUUGGUGAAAGAUGCUCAGAAGUUUACAGAUAUCUGUCCACAAGCAGUAGAUAUUUUUUUGAUGGAGAGCAAAAAAUUUGAGGAGUUUUCUUUUUCAGUAAAUUCAGAAAAAUCUUUACUGUGGAUUCAUGGUGGUCACCCAUUUUUGCCCUCUUCUUCUGAUUUACAUGAUCGACAGCAUCAGCUUUAUAAAUUUGUUGAAACAAUUUGGCCAAGAAAGACAGGAUCCUGCUAUCAAGGAAUUUUGAGCAGCCAUCUUGCUGACGUUGUUGCAUCAUUUGAUCAUGAUCUUCGCUUCCUGGUGACACAAGAUGUUUCAAACUCAUCAUUUUUAAUGGCAAAAUGGAGUCAUGAGGAUGGUAUUCAUAUUGUCAAGAAGUUGGAGGAGAUGCAUCAGAUAGUAUUGAGAAGGUUUGAACAUGAAAAACACAAGUUGCAAUUAAUUACCGGAUCCAAAGACCUUUCAGCUUUUGCUGAAAAUUCACCUGCUUGCUGUUCAUUUACACCUGAAAUGUUGUGUGAAAAAUCUGUAUUUGAGGCCUGGCAGGAUACGUUUCUUCCGGUUGAUUAUACCAGUUUAUUCUGUGACAUGGAGUUAUUACAGAAGCUCACAUCAAUUCAUUUGGAUGAUCUUGAAGGGUUACACCAAGCUGUGGGACGUCUAUCCAACCUUUUGGACUUUGCUUUGAAAUUUUCAUUGAGUUUCUCAUCAAGGCCUCCACAAAUGUUUUUUCCACACCAAAAGAUAUUGUGCACCCUGAAUACAUGGGCAUCCGUGGAUGCAGUAAAUUUGAAAAUUGCAAGCUUUAUUCUGGAGAUGUGGUUUAAGUGGCAUGAAUCUUUGUGGGUCUAUUUCCCUAAAUCUGUGAAGGGCGUUGCAAGGAUUGAUGGCUCUGAUGAAAUUGUAGUACCCCACAUGCUCGUUGAGCCUUUCAGUGCAUCAACUGUGUUUCAGAUCACGCAAUGCAUACAUGCUAUCAAGGAGUUUUGGGUGCAAUGUCUCAAGUGUCGAGUUACCUUGUUGAAUUUGUGGCAUUGUUCUCAUCAUGGAACACAUCUGCCGGAUUUUCUUUUAUCUGCUGCUCGCUCUCUUUUCCAGCAGAUUAUUUAUGCACACAGAAAAUCUUUUGAUGCAGUUCAAUUUGCUAGAAUUAAAUCUAUUUUUUGUUCUUCUGAGAAGAAUGUACUUACGGAAGAAAGCAUUGAUUUGCUGAGCUCCCUUGUUGCUUCAUCAAGACACCACAGGUUGAAAAACUCAGUGCAGAAGUUCAUAGUUCCACUGCUUAGAGAGAUGUAUCUUCAGUCUAAUACCGCUGAUUUCAAUUAUACUAUUGGUUGUGCAUGGGCACGCAUUGGAGCAUUACGCAUUAAUCUGUUGCUUAGCAGUAAGGACAUUGAUCCUGCCAUGAAGUACCAUUGCAAGUACUCUCAGCUUGUGGAAACAAUAUCAUCACUUGAACUUGAAAUUCAGGUACGGAAAGAGUGUAGUUAUCUUGCUGGACAGUUUUUGACACAAGAGGCUGACAAAAGAAAAGCACAAAGGAUGGAAAAGCUUCAGGCAGAGUGUCGAAAGCUACAAAGAAAGAUCGUGUUUCGUACUGAACCAAGGAAAUACAAGAAGUUAAUCAAAGAAUGUGAGAACUUUCUUAAACAACAUGAUGCUUUGGAAGUUUUGGUGAGAAGUAGGGGUACUGCUGAGGAAUUACGAGAGUUUGCUGACCAUGCUUGCAGCUGGCAGAAAACAGCUACUAGUUUUAUUGGUAAAUUGAUGGAUGAGUAUGCUGCAUAUUGCGACAUUAUUCAACCAAUUCAAGUUGCUGUGUAUGAGAUGAAAUUUGGAUUGUCACUGGUGUUGUCUAGUAUCUGGGAAAAAGAAUGUUUGAAUAUACUUGGGCAGGAAAACAUCAACACGGUUAUGGAAAUGAUAUACACGCUUAUGCGCUUCCCUCGUGCUGCUUCAUGCAAGUUCAUUUCUGUUAAGCAUGACAUUGGGUUGGACAUGCUUCCUUCAUACCAGCUAGAUUCUUCUACUGGCUUUUAUUUGGUGGAUGCGGAUUUGAUGGAAAGGCUUGUUACUCUUUCAAAUAAUGUUGCUGCUGAUAAGAAGGUAUCUGUGGUGCAAUGUAGAGCUGCUGCUGUCUAUUGGAACAUUCUUGUUAAAAUUGCACAUUUUACAGCUAAUGCAAAAAUAAUUGAUGAUAAAUCUUAUAUGCUCAUGCACAAGAUAUUCGAUGAGUUUGCCAUGCUUUGGUUGAAUAGGAAAGAUUAUGCAAAGUCAAAGAGUGAUAUUGAUACUCAACAGUACAAGUUUAAACCUCGAGCUUUCGAAAUUGAGAGUGUUAUUGAAGAUGAAUUACCACCUCUUGCAAAUUCAUAUUCACCUGAAACAUUUUUGGAAUGGAAGGAAUUUUCUUAUGAUGAAAAAUCUUCUGACAAAAUGGUACCCCCUGAGGAUGAAGAAUGGAAGAAGCUGGAAGAGACUAUCCUCAGCCAUGUGGUUCUCAUUCACAAUCGGUUAUUUGGAUCUAGUGAUCUAGUCCAGACUCCUGGAAUUUUUGAAGUUUCUGAUGAAGAUCGGUUGCAUUCCUUUAUUGACUCGUAUACAUUGGGUAUUGAUUUAAUCAGAGGUGUCCACUCUACACAUUUGCCUGGUUUAGAUGCUAAACUCAUGCCAGAGAACUUAUUUUAUCUCUGUUUAGACUACAGAAAGAAGUAUCUUUUGUCUCACAAAUCUGCUGCCAGAUACAAUUUUUACAAGGAUUCAAAUGCUUCUGAGAUGGUACAAAUUUUGAAAGUACUUGCACCUCUCCAACAGCAGAUUCUUCCCCUUCUAAAUGAGUGGGAAGAUCGUAAUGAUCUUCAGAAAUUUUUGGAUAUAAUUGAGAUGCUCUUGACUCUCCCAUUGGAUACCCCUUUAGCAAAGGCUUUUUCAGGGUUGCAGUUUUUAUUGCACAAAGCUGAAGUUAUGCAAGAAAAUGGUUCAAAGUUCUCCUUCUCAAAUCAAUUCAAAUCUGUUUAUGAUCUGUUGUCAUCAUGGCAAAAGAUAGAACUGGACUCUUGGCCAUCUUUGCUUGAUGAGGUGACAGAUCAGUUUGAGAAUAAUGCGGGGAAAUUGUGGUUUCCUCUGUACUCUGUUCUUCAACCCAGGUCUUGUGAUAUAUCAAUUAUUCAAAGCCUUGAGGACUUCAUUCAAACAUCCAGUAUUGGGGAAUUCAGGAAACGUCUUCAGCUUCUCUUUGCCUUCCUUGGUGAAAAUUAUAUCAGUUCAUCCUUGAAAAUUAAUUCCAGUUCUAGUCAGUUGGAACAGUCAACAUUCUUAUACAAUAUGUUUGGAUUUUAUGUGCAGUUCUUACCAAUAGUGUUGAAGUACAUUGACGCUAGCAGGAAAGAGGUUGAGAUUGAACUGAGCAAACUAGUGAAACUGUGUCGGUGGGUGCAUGGAAAAAGUUAUUUAUCAAUUGAAAACUUGAAAAAGAGUAGGCAGAAGCUGAAGAAACUUAUACAAAAGUAUACUGAUAUUCUGCAAGAACCCGUGUCUAUUUUCCUUAGACAAGAAGUUGCACAAAGAGGAGCGAAGGCACAAUCUUUUCAUGGUCAUCAGCCCAUUUAUGAUGUUCUGAACAAGGGAUUGGUUGAUGGUGCUUUUGAUUUGACAUUGUUUAGUGAAAACAGGUUCAUGUGGUUUGACAACUGCAUCGAGGAAUUAGAAAGUUCUUUGCAGAACUUGCUGCUUAAGAAAACAUCACUAUUGGAUGUUCUACCUUUGCAUCAGAAAAGUGUUGAAGAAAUUCAAAGCAUAUUUAGACCUUAUGGUGAUUCCCAGCGGACACUUUACUUGAAGGGAUGGAGAGCUGUGUGGUAUACAAUUGAAAAAAUAUAUACUACAGCAGUUGACUAUGGUAAUCUUUGGAAAGAGGAAAAAAAGGGUCAAGGGAAGAGAAGGGCUUUGUCUGAGCUUCUUAAGCUUUUAGAAAACAAUGGGUUGUCUCGACACAAGUCAGCAUAUACAGCAGACCAACAUAAAUCUUGGUGGUUCCUUCAGCUUUCUGGGAACAUACCAUAUUUACUGCUAACAAAUAGUAGAUUACCAUGUGUAACCUCGGGAAUUCCUGAACUUGAAAAUAAGAAUAGUCCAGAAGAAAGUUUGCUUAUGGAGUGGAAAACAGCCAUUGAUUAUUACUUCAAGAGUGUUGUGUCUGUCCUGCUUUUGCAGCAGACAUGCCUCAAUCCACAUAAAGAUAUAACUCUUGAACAGGUUGACAGUUCUAGUUCUUUCCUCAAUCAGCUCGUUCAGAUACAACAGAAGCAACUCUCUGCUGCCACUGCAUUUGACAAGCAAUUGAAAUGCUUUAGAGAAUGUGUAUCUACUCUGGGAAAAUUGUUUUCAUUUUCCUCCUCCACUGAUAACAGUAUGAAUUAUAUGAGCUCUAUUAUUUCACAACAGUUUGCUACUUAUAAGUGCAUGUGGCAACAAAAACAAUUAUUUGAUACUCUGUGUGCUACGUCACAAGAAGAAUUGCUUUUACUAAGGAUAUUAGAAAAUAGCCAUUUAAACACUUGUCAAAGAGAAAGACCUUCAGCCCGGCAGAUGAUUGCUUCCAUUGAAGAAUUUUUUUCAUCCUUCAGUAAAUCAAAGGAAUCAUUGGAUUGCUAUCUAAUUGGGAGGACCAAGGCUGUCACUGCAGUGACUUCUUCCUCGCGUUUUUGCAUUGUUACUCGAGAAAUGGAGCACCUGGUAUCUGAAAAUUUCAAGACCAUUAGGGAUUUUAAGGAUAAUUUUCUUGAGCUACAGGACCAUGAUUUGGAUAGAAGCACCGUUAGAAAAGUUCUGAUUCAGCAUUUUCAAGAAAUAGCUGACAAGGCAAAAUUAAUUGAGGAAGAGUUUACAACAGCAAUAAAGGGAAACUCCAAUCAAGUAGAUUCAUCUGAAGAUAUAAGUGAAAGAAACUUUGUGGAGCUUAAUGCCAGAUUCAAUGAAGCCCUUAUGUCUACAUAUCAGCACCUUGCAACUGUAUUGCAGAAUUUAUGUUUGUCAAGCAAUAUUCCUAUGGUUGACGAGUCCAUGGUAAAAAUUGUUUCAUGGGAAUCACUAUUUGAGUCAUUUGUAACAAAUCUUAGCUUGGACAUAUUAUGUGAGAAUCUUUUCAAAGCAAUUUCUUUUGGGGAGAAGUUGGUGAAUUGUUGUGAUGAUAAAAUCAACAGUUAUUCGCAUGUAGGAGCCCAUUUUAGAAAUCUACAUAUGUUCAUGGAUCAAUUACUAAACUUUGGUGAUGAACUCAUGAAAAAUUUCUUAGCCAUGCACAAAUCAGUAUCAGUAACAACACAUGUGAUUGCAAAUAUUUUUGCUUCUUUAUUUUCAAAAGGUUUUGGAAUAUCUCCUGAAAACCAGGAGGAAGAUGGAACCCUCAAUACAUCUGGAGAUGCAAGUGGGACAGGCAUGGGAGAGGGUGUCGGAUUAAAGGAUGUAAGUGAUCAGAUUGCCGAUGAAGAUCAGCUGCUUGGAACACGGGAACAGCAAAAUGAAAAGCAAGAUGACUCUAAUGAAGUGCCUAGUAGCAAUAAUACAGGGAUUGAGAUGGAACAGGAUUUUCAGGCUGAUGCAAUGAGCCUUAGUGAGGACUCUGGAGAAGAUGACGAUAUUGAUGGCGAAAAUGAGGAACUUGAGUCUGAAAUGGGACCCACUGGACCAGACAGUGAAGCAGUGGGUGAGAAAGUUUGUGAUGAGAAUGAAGAUGAAACUCUCAAUGAUACAAGAGAAAAGUAUGAAUCUGGACCUUCGGUUAAGGAUAGAGAUGGAGGAAAUAGAGAGUUAAGAGCCAAGGAUGACUAUACAACUAAUGAACCUGGGGAUGGUAAUUGUGAUGAAGAUGAUGCUCGGGAAGAUGAUACUGUAACCCCAGAUGACGUAGAAGAUGGAGAGAAUGCUGAUGACAUGACUAUGGACAAAGAAGCAGCACAUUCAGAUCCUACUGGGUUGAAGCCUGAUGAGCUGGAUCAAACUUUGGAUAUGGAUUUGGACAUAAAUGAAGAUACAGAUCUCAUGGAAGAUGGAGAAUUGGAUGAGCAAGGUGAUUUAGCUGAGAAUGAAAAUGAAGGGAAUCAGGUUGAAGAGACUUGCUCUCCUGAUGAAGUUAUGGAAGAGGCACAUACUGAAGUUGAUGUGAACUCUGGAAAAGAUGAUCAAGGUCAGGAGCAUCAAGAGAAUGCAAACAUGAAUUCCACAGAAUCAAAGAAAGAUGUAUCUAGGCCUUCUGAGUUGAUUAAUGAACAAGUUUCCCCUGCUGAGUUAGCAUCUCAGUCCAAAGUUGAUUGGCAGACAUCUGGUUCUGAAAAUGUAGCAGCAGAGUCAAAUGUGUCUAAUAGUCAUCAUGACUUUGACUCUACUCUGUUGGGAGGAUUGCCUUCUAGCUGCAUGUCUGAUAUGGAUAUUAAGAUGUCCGACUCAUCAAAUAGUGGGGGAUUUGGUGAAAAUCAACCCAAAUCUCAUCAUCCGCGGAUCGAGCGUUCACUUAUUCAGGAGAAGCAUACUAAUCCUCAUCGAAGUAUAGGUGAUGCACUUGAGUAUCAGAAAGAAAGAGUUAAUGUAUCUGGUGAUCUUCCAGAAGAUAACAGUGAGAACCAGGGUGAGAUGGAAGAUGAAAAUGCUGAUGAGUAUGGCUAUGUUUCUGAAUUUGAAAAGGGGACAACUCAGGCUAUGGGGCCUGCAACACUGGAGCAGGUUGAUAGAAACAUUGAUUGUGAUAAGCUUGAUAAAGAAUGUCUUGCUGGAGAAGAUGCAAAAUUGCAGUUUGAGAAGGAAAAAUCUGAAAUAAAUUCUAUAAGUAAUUCUUCAUUGAUCCCUCCCCAAAAUGAAAAAAGGGAGAAAGUGAAUACUUCAACCGUGGAGAAGUCACGAGAAGAUGGACCUGUGAAUCCUCUUGCCAGUAUGGAUAUUGAUCUAGAAAAUCAUUUGGAAGAUUUGGUUUCUUUCAGGAAUUCAUACUUCAGUGAGAGCAAUGAUAAUAUAAGCCAGCCUUUUCUGCAUGACGAAGACUUGGGUAAAUGCCAAGAACCUUAUGAUGUACCUGAUCAUGUGAAAGAUAAUGCUACUGCUCUCUGGAGAAGAUUUGAGCUUAGCACAACAAAAUUGUCUCAUGAAUUGACUGAGCAACUGCGCCUUGUAAUGGAGCCCACUGUGGCCAGCAAGCUUCAAGGGGAUUAUAGAACUGGCAAAAGGAUAAAUAUGAAAAAGGUAAUUCCUUACAUAGCAAGUGAUUAUAGUAAAGAUAGAAUAUGGCUGAGGCGGACCAGACCCAACAAACGUGAUUACCAAGUUGUUAUAGCUGUUGAUGAUUCACAUAGUAUGUCAGAGAAUGGCUGUGGUGAUGUUGCUAUUGAAGCUUUGGUUACAGUAUGUCGUGCUGUUUCACAAUUGGAAAUGGGCAGCUUGGCUGUUGCUAGUUUUGGAACGAAAGGAAACAUCAAGUUAUUGCACGACUUUGACAAGCCCUUUACUGGAGAGUCUGGAGUCAAGAUGAUCUCCAAUUUGACAUUCAAGCAAGAAAAUACUAUUGCGGAUGAGCCAGUUGUUGACCUAUUGAAGUACUUAACUAACAAGCUCGAUACUGCAGUUGCAAAAGCACGACUUCCGUCUGGACAUAACCCCCUACAACAGCUAGUUUUAAUAAUUGCAGAUGGUCGGUUUGUGGAAAAGAAGAAAUUAAAGCAGUGUGUUAGAGAUGUGUCAACUGGUAAUCGAAUGGUUGCUUUCUUGCUUCUUGAUAAUUCUCAGGAGUCAAUUAUGGAUCUCAAGGAAGUGUCUGUUGAGGGUGGACAGACGAAAAUUUUCAAGUACAUGGAUUCCUUUCCCUUCCCCUACUACAUUGUUCUGAGGAACAUUGAAGCACUGCCUAGGACUCUUGCAAACUUAUUGAGACAGUGGAUGGAGCUUAUGCAGCAUUCAACUGGUUGAGAACUUUUAGCGUGCAAGUUCCAUUUUGUGAGAGAGGGUCUGCUCCGUAUUUCAUAUAUAGUAGACAAUUGUACAGUGACUAUACAGUACUACAUUUCAAUGUACAGAUGCUUCUUCUUUGACUACGAAUAUCGUGUUAGCUGUGCAUUCGAUGUAUCUUAAUAGCAAGUGUCUUUUCUAUAAUGAAUCUUCUUUUCACCUCUCUUUCAUAUAUACCAAACUAUUCAAGCUUUAUCUCU